AUGGGUGUUCGUGAUAGUUACUACCCUCUGGUUAUAUCUUGUCUAGUUAUCGACGGUAUUGCCGUUGGUCUUCGACUCUGGGCGCGGAGGCUGAAGAGGGCUAUCGGUUACGAUGACAUCGUGAUGUGUCUCUCCUUUGUCGGGUUUACCGUAUUCUGCGCAAUGGAGCUUGAGGCAAUACGAUACGGCAUCGGGGCAACGACGAUGGAACCUGACUUCGACCCGAUCAAAGCGGCUAUGUUCUUUACCACCUCCCAGAUCGCCUAUAUCCUCACUACAGGCAUCUCGAAGCUUGGCGUAGGACUCAUCCUUCUCCGACUCGCAAGCAGCGCAGAUAUGAGAACCGUCCGAAUAAUCCUCGCUAUGUCCAUGAUCAUCGUGACGCUCUGGUGUCUAAUCACUACGUUGAUCUUUGGCCUCCAGUGCCGCCCGCUAUCUGUUGCCUGGGGAGUAGGCGAGGGUUCAUGUCUGUCGACAUCUGUGCUGGGAACAACUGGUCUGGCUCUAUCUGGAAUGGAUGUGACCAUCAGUUGGUUCUAUGCGCUCCUACCUAUCUACAUGUUGUAUAAGACUCAACUUCGACUCAGGCUAAAAGUCAUGAUCAUGGUCCUCCUUGGGUUAGGCGCCGUGAGCUCUAUCGAGAUAAUCGUCCGACUCAAGUACCUCAUCGAUCUGAGCCGACUGACCUCUGCCUCUGGUGAUCUCGCUACGCAAGAAGCCGUUGAGACUACACUCGAAGGGACGAUCUAUUCUGUCCUGGAAAUUGGUCUGAGUAUACUAGCUGCUUCUUUAACAGCACUUCGCCCACUGUUGACGAGACUUCCUGGUUUCGGAGAUAGCUCCUCGAAACCAGCUGACUUUGGAUCUCUUGUCACGUUUGGAAACCGGAAUGAUAACAAGGGUCCGGCUUAUAGGCUUGAAGAUAGGGAUGUUUCUGUCGCGGACAGCCAAGAGAAUAUUGUGCCUCCUCGGCCACUGACGUCUCGCUCAUCUAUUGUGCCGGAGCCGAGAUGA